GCGGCGGAGCCGAGGAAGCAGCAGGGGGUGAAGCGGCAUCACCACAAGCACAACCUGAAGCACCGCUACGAGCUGCAGGAGACGCUGGGCAAGGGCACGUACGGCAAAGUGAAGCGCGCCAUCGAGAGGUUCUCGGGCAGAGUGGUUGCAAUAAAAUCCAUUCGUAAGGACAAAAUUAAGGAUGAACAAGAUAUGGUUCACAUCAGACGGGAGAUUGAGAUCAUGUCAUCCCUCAACCACCCUCAUAUCAUCACCAUAUAUGAAGUGUUUGAAAAUAAAGAUAAGAUUGUGAUCAUCAUGGAGUACGCAAGUAAAGGGGAGUUGUACGAUUACAUCAGCGAGAGGCGGCGGUUGAGUGAGAGAGAGACAAGGCACUUCUUCCGACAGAUAGUCUCUGCUGUACAUUACUGCCACAAGAAUGGUGUUGUCCACAGGGACCUAAAACUGGAAAACAUCCUUCUUGAUGACAAUUUUAACAUUAAGAUUGCUGAUUUUGGACUCUCCAACCUUUAUCACAAAGACAAGUUUCUUCAGACCUUUUGUGGGAGCCCACUGUAUGCUUCUCCUGAAAUAGUCAAUGGACGACCUUACAGAGGCCCAGAGGUUGACAGCUGGGCCCUUGGUGUAUUGCUUUACACUCUGGUUUAUGGAACGAUGCCCUUUGACGGCUUUGAUCACAAAAAUCUCAUCAGGCAGAUMAGCAGUGGAGAAUAUCGUGAGCCAACACAGACCUCAGAUGCUCGGGGUCUUAUCAGAUGGAUGCUGAUGGUGAAYCCUGAACGCCGAGCAACCAUUGAAGACAUUGCCAAUCACUGGUGGGUUAACUGGGGCUACAAGAGCAGUGUUUGUGACUGUGAUGCUAUGAGGGACUCUGAGUCCCCGCUGCUGGCAAGGUUCAUUGAUUGGCAUCAYCGUUCCACCGGUCUCCAGCCAGAGACUGAUACCAAAAUUAAGUGCCUUUCUAAGCCCAAAGGUCCUGAAGUCACAUUAGAGAGACAAAGAUCUCUGAAAAAAUCAAAAAAGGAAAAUGACAUUGCACAGUCCAUCCAGGAAGGAGGAGCUGAAAACGCAACUAAACCCAUCUCCAAGAGACCCAAAGGCAUCCUGAAGAAAAGGAGCAACAGUGAACAUCGAUCUCACAGUGCAGGGUUCAUUGAAGGGGUGGUGAACCCAGUGUUACCUUCUGCUUUUAAGUUGGAGCAAGAGUUGUGUAGAACUGGUGUAGCCAUGAAAAGUGUUGUGGAGGGAGAGGUAGCAGGCAAAUAUGGCACUAAGCAGUCUUCAUUAAUGCCAAAAAAAGGAAUCUUAAAGAAGACUCAGCAGAGAGAGUCCGGCUACUACUCCUCUCCGGAACGAAGUGAAUCUUCUGAGCUCUUGGACAAUACUGAGGAGACAGUAAACAGUGACACUUCUCCAGGGGUCACGGAGCCAUCCAGAAAUGGGUCUUUUAGCCAUUCUUGCAGACGUAAGGGCAUCUUAAAACAUAACAGCAAGUAUUCCACAAGCAGCCCUGAAUCUGCUUUGAUUAGCCCUGAAACACCAACACUGGACGCAAUGGAAGAAGUGGUCCUGCCCGGGGAGGGGCUACCUCGAWGUUACAGUCGCCCUUCCAGUGUGAUUAGUGAUGACAGUAUUUUGUCCAGUGACUCCUUUGAUUUGCUGGAUUUGCAUGAGAACAGACCAAACAGACAGAGGAUAAGGAGCUGUGUCUCUGCUGAAAAUUUCCUCCAGAUCCAAGACUUCGAAGGACUUCAGAACCGCCCACGGCCGCAAUAUCUAAAACGUUAUCGCAACCGUCUGGGGGACAGCAGUUUUUCCCUUCUCACAGACAUGGAUGAUGUGACUCAGGUCUACAAGAAAGCCCUAGAGAUCUGCAACAAGCUCAACUAGCAGAGGGAAGAUAGAAAGGGAUUGAGGGGAGUUGCUCUGUGUACCUUUAUGUUGGAGUUAGCCUGGUUACUGUUUUGCUGACAGUGGUAGGUUUUCCUUCAAAGGGCCUGACUGUACCUGCAUAGCUGAACUCCUAGCAAAGUGUAAAAUAAACCCAAAGUCAUCUCUUACUUCUCUGGAUUUGUUUCCUCAAAUUGUUAGCUAGCUACCCAGAGAAAACCUGUGGUCUUUUAAAUGUGAUGAAAGAAUGUCAGGAUAUAGCAAGCAGAAGCAUUGACAUCUAAUGACUCCAAGUUAGAUAAAAUUCAAACCUGAAAUGAGGCACAAACAUUUUGAGUAGCUUUUGAUUACUAUUAGAUCAUUUCUAUCAAGAGAUGAGCUGAAUUCUUCAAGUCAAUUUUGAUGUCUUUUAGAAAGAGAGCCACUAUUUCCUCCUGAAGAUAUUCAUCUGGGCACAGAAGUCACACAUUGAGAAUCUUGUAUGUGUUAUGCAGGAGACUAGGCUAGAUGAUCACCAUGGUGAGAUGGUCUUCUACCAGGAAGGCCAUUCUGGGACAGAUAAUUUGAGGAUCACCUCAGUAUAGCCUUGUUUGAUGAACAUGGACAAGGAGUGGAGCUAGGCAUUCACAUUUGGUUCUUCUCACAGGCAUUGCUCUUAACUGAGCAGGAGGCCCUCAAAUCUUUUCCGACUAGCACUCCUACCAACCAGAAAUGCAAGCACAGAAAUGAUAAUGGGAAGGGAAGGGACAUGGAACAGCUUUUAAAAGCAUUUCACUUUAUAUAUUUGACUUGUGACUUUUUCCAAAUUGCCAGCCAGAUGAAUGCUCAGAGAAAAGUAGAUCUAACUGUCUCAAGGGUUAAACUAAUCUUGUAAUCUAGAGUUCAGUCACUGUCAGCAAAGGGUGCCACCUUGCUAUUAGUUUGUAGUAUAUGAAGGUGACAGCUAGUUUGCUAUCAGAAAGUUAGCCAAGGAAAAGGUUGUAGCAUGUAGGAAAUGAAUAGAGGUCAGAAAGUUGGUGGGAACGUGCCUUUUUCCAGAUGAAGUUGUUUCUAGUUAGGUAGUAAUGGAGCAGAAAGAAUUGAAUGAUGAAAUGAUAAUGGUAGAUUUGAUAACAAAGUUAGGGUAAAAAUGCAGGCCUCUAUUUACAGUGUAGCUGGUACUGCAUAUGUGGUAAUAUCAAUUUGAAAAAAAAAGAGAGAAGGAUAUGUGUUUGUGUAUGUGCAUUCUGAGACAUAUCAAUAUCUAGACUGAAGGCUUCAACUCCCAUAAAGGUACCACAUGGGUCUACUGGAUUACCUGAAUGUAAGCCUGUGUCAGAGAGGCACUGUGCGUUUGACAGGCCUGGGCAAACUGGAAUCUUAAGGCCCAUCUCAGUCUCAUGUACUGAGCACAUAGCCCUUGACUUUCUUGGAGCUGCGCUGUUGUGCAUGAAGGGUGGAUGUCAGGCUGUGCCCAGCAGCCCUGCAGUAGGUGCAGGCACACACACCUGGAACAAAGGGGCAUGGGGCAAACUCUGUUCUCAUUGCAGCCUUGUAACUACAACUAUUACAAGAAUUUACAACAGAAUUUGGCCCACUGUGUCCAAAGUCCUUGAGAUCAUGAGGAAUGGGAAUUGAGUUCUGUUGGGAAUUCUUGCAGAAUCAAUAAUAACUCAUGAAUGACUGAAAGCUGGGGCAGGGAGCGCUUUCUCUUCUUGUUUCCCAACUUGCAGAUUUCUUAUUUGGUGUGUCAUGGUACCUAAGGAUGCCAGUUGCUCCUGAAAAUCGACUGCAGAGCCCAGUGUAAAGAUGAAUGGACUGUAGUGUCCUCUGUCAGCUCAUCUGACUCUACGAAGAACCUUUCCUCAUUACACUGGACCAAAUUUGGCCCUGGAGUAAGUGGUGUCCGCGUCCAUGAAGUCUAUGAGAGACGUGCUCUCAGGCAGGAAGGUGAAAUUUGGCUCACUGCUCAUUUGCUCAGGAAGAGCAGCCUCAGCUCAUUUCUCUGCUCAUGUCCACCUUUCUGUGACGCUCACGUGUCCUGUCUUCUCACGGGGCCUGUAUGUGCUCACUAAGCCCACCUGAAACCAAUACCCUGUUUUGCAGUGUGUUCAGUUAAAACGCUUGCUGUGCUGCAUUUAAAACAACUCGACACAGUUCCCAUGGCAGUCCUGAAAUACUGGAUGUGCUUUACAGCCACGGUGCCCAACCCGCAUCCCGGAGCGUAAGAGCCCGGUCGCGGGAUGGUGCCCAUCAGUGYGGUGGCGUUGACACAACGGAGCGCGACCUCAGCGGCCUCACACUGCUUGACACCUUCCUUGCAGAUCCGGGGCUAAACCUUUAACGGAUUUUAGAGGUUUCAAGAUGAAGGGAACUCAACUGGCUGUUGCAGGGCACUGGGAAACACUCUUCUCUGAAGGCUCGUACCUACCUAGGCUUUUGCCCAGGCCUGCUUCCUUGUGUUCAAAUGUGAAUGAAUGAGUGAACUGCUUGCUGC